AUGCAGGUUCUUGCUGUAUCUCUGCUCGUAGUUCAGAUCACCCUGGUUGCCCUUGGCGCUAGACAGCCUACUAUCCGGAGACGCGAGUCACUUGCUGGCGCCAUCCUUGAGCUUGUAGCAGGGCUUGCCGUUGUCAUUAUCACUGAUCUUGAGCACAUCCGUUCCAUUCGACCUUCAUUCCUUGUCUCUGCCUACUUGUUUGCCACGAUACUUUGUGACCUGGUACGAGUGCGUAAUGCUUGGCUAUUAUCAGACAGUCAAGCCUACGCAGGCUGCCUUUCUUUGUCUCUCACUAUCAAAUUACUCCUCUUAAUCCUGGAGAAUGUUGAGAAGCGAAAAUGGUUGAAGCCUAGUCAGAAGAUGAGGUCUAGUGAGAGCCUUAGCGGACUAUUCAGCCGCGGCCUCUUCGCUUGGUUGAACGGCCUGUUGUGGAAAGGAUACUCCAUGCUGCUGUCCGAGAAUUCAUUGCCUAGAAUCCAUGAAAAGCUCGCGUCGCGCGACUUAUCUGCCCAAUUUGCGGAAUCAUGGACCUCGUCUAAUCAGAGCCGCCAAAAUGCACUACUUCUGACUGUAAUCAGCUGUCUACGAUGGGAGAUACUGACGAUCGCUUUCCCUCGAAUCUGUGUUGUGGGGUUUAGUAUCGCCCAGCCGUUCCUGGUGGGUAAGACUGUCACCAUCCUAGAGCAGAAUGAUUCAUUCUCGCUAGAUAAGGGUUACAGCUUGAUCGGAGCCACCGCUAUUGUAUUUAUCGGAGUUGCUGUGUGUACAGCCUGUUACCAGCAUUUGGGGUAUCGUGUUACAACGAUGCUCCGUGGUGGUCUUAUGGCGAUUGUCUUUCAGCACCUGAUGAAUCUACCGUCAGGUAGCGUUGACGAGUCUAGUGCUAUUUCCCUCAUGGGCACUGAUAUAGAGAUGCUUGCCGAAUACUUCCAGUCAACAGUUUGUGAGAUUUGGGCCAAUAUCAUACAGCUGGGACUAGCCACUUGGCUUCUUCAAACCCAGGUAGGCGCUGUUUGUAUCGCACCCAUUGUGGUCGUAAUAAUCUUCACCGUCGCAUCGCUCGGCAUGGGAAAUACCGUGUCUGCACGGCAGCAAUCCUGGCUCCAGGCUACUGAGAAACGCAUCAACUUCACCACUGGUAUCCUCGGGUCUAUCCAAAACAUCAAGUUCCUUGGAUUGACCGAAAUAAUGGGGGCUAUGAUUAACGCCUUGCGUGUUGACGAGCUCAGAGUCUCCAAAAGAUUCCGUCGAAUCCAGACCGUUCGUGUCUGCAUGGUCAACCUUCCCACUAUUGUUGGGCAGCUCGCAACCUUCGCUGGCUACGCCAUAGUAGCUAUGGUGCAAGGCUCUGGGGGUCUAAAGGUCUCGCAAGCCAUCACGUCUCUCUCACUGGUCAAUCUUCUGGUUACUCCGCUCUCUAAUCUCUUGCUGGCGAUUCCGGAUACAUUCGCGUCAAUAGGCUGUCUCACCCGAAUACAGGACUUCCUCAGGAAGCCAGGUCGCAUUGAAAGGAGACAAAUAGCCCAGAUAGCAGGCAGACCUCCCCUUCUAUCCCCAUCUUCGUCUACUAUCGAGCUACCCACCCUUGAACAGCAUGUGGCCAGUCCUGUUCUAGAAAAGCAACCUGACAUCGUUCUGUCCCUCAACAAUGUCCACUUUGGAUGGAAAGACUCUCUACCCGAUAAACCUCGCCUCUCGCUUACUUUGAGAUCCUCUCCUAAUGGUAACCUUGUUAUGAUUGUCGGUCCAGUAGGUAGUGGUAAGUCCACCUUCCUUAGAGGACUUGCUGGUGAAACACCCGUGCUGGAGGGGGAACUCUUUAUGAAGUACCCGGAUCUGGCCUUUUGUGAGCAAGCCUCAUGGUUGACAAAUACAUCAAUCCGAGAAAGCAUUAUUGGAGAAAACCUAUCAUUUUUGUUCGAUUCUGAGUGGUAUCACACCGUGGUCAGAGCAUGUGGACUGGAGCCAGAUCUCAAGAGAUUGCCGGCCGGCGAUCAAACACUUGUAGGCAGCAAGGGUGCUAAACUAAGCGGUGGGCAGAAGCAAAGAAUAGCUAUAGCGCGAGCCGUUUAUGCGCGAAAGCGUAUUGCUUGCUUCGACGAUGUCCUCAGUGGUCUAGACAAUGGAACAGCUCAUCUGGUAUUCAACAAUGUUUUCGGUCCGGCUGGAUUACUACGCCGGCUGGGCUGCACUGCGUUCUUGGCUACCCACAGCGGCCACCACUUACCACAUGCGGACUUUAUCAUCGUUUUGGGGAACAAUGGCAAGGUCCUGGAACAAGGCAGUUAUGCCCAGCUCCGAAGCCACGCUGGAGGCUAUAUUCACACACUAGGGAUGCAAUCAAUACAGACGGAUAGGUUAGCCGAAACGCUUGACAUUAGUGAGAAGGAUCACCAGUCGCAAAACACUGCAACAGGCUCUCUGAGUGCUCCUUCUGCUACUCAUGUUACUCGACAGGCAAAUGAUCUAGCUGUGUAUAAGUAUUACUUCUCGAGUUUGGGCGGGCUGCGCGUCUCCAUGCUACUGCUUUUCCUGAUCGUCAAUGCUGGAAUUGAUGGGUUCCGCUACGUCUGGGUGGACAUAUGGUCCUCGAGUCGUGACGGCGCCUCAAAUUCACGCUUAGGCUACCGGCUUGGACUGUAUGCAGCAUUGGCUGUCAUUGAAGCCAGCGCCCUUAUCUUUGCUGUAUUCUGGACAUGGGUGGUCAUUGUCCCUGCUGCGUCUAAGAACUUGCACUCUAUAGUGCUCCGGGCUUGUAUGAAUGCACCUUUGUCCUUCUUGUCUAACACCGAGACUGGUGUUCUUGUAACACGCUUCAGCCAAGAUAUGAGACUGGUCGACAUGAUCCUGCCUCGUGGCUUUAUAUCUACAGGGUUCCUGCUUUUCGGCGCUCUUGCUCAAGGUGCCGUCGUUAUAGCUUCACUUCCCUACAUGGCAGCGGCACUACCGGUUCUCAUUGGGGUGCUUGUCCUUGUCCAGCGGUUCUACCUGCGCACAUCUCGCCAACUGCGAUUAUUGGAAAUUGAGCUUAAGAGCCCUCUAUAUACCCACUUUAUCGAAUCACUCGCCGGAGUGGUUACUAUCCGCGCCUUCUCGUGGACUCACGCCUCUGUAUCCCGAAUGCUGUCCAUGCUUGACACAGCCCAGAAGCCCUUCUAUCUCUUACUGAGCAUCCAACGCUGGCUCAGCUUGGUACUCAAUCUAAUCGUAGCCGCUCUGACAGUGCUCCUGGUUGGAGCAGGCUUGGCCCUCCGCAGACAUGUCGACCCUGGUCUACUGGGCGUCGCCCUAGUACUGAUGGUUGAUCUAGGCCAGACUCUGUCAGAGCUGAUUCAAAACUGGACACUGCUUGAGACGUCCCUGGGGGCGAUUGCGCGGAUCAAAGACUUCGCCGAAAAUACGCCCAGUGAGGACAGAGGACUGGAUACUCAGACUGCAGAACCACGUCCGGAAUGGCCGCCUCAUGGGGAGAUCAUGUUUGUCGAUGCCAGUAUCGCAUAUGAUGCCACGGAGGGGGCUAAGCCCGUACUAGAUGGCAUUAAUCUUCACAUACGUGCCGGCGAAAAGGUUGGACUGUGUGGUAAAUCUGGAAGUGGAAAAAGCUCCCUUGCAUUAUCCCUCCUCCGCCUCAACGAGAUAGUGUCAGGACAGAUCCUCAUCGAUGGACAAGAUAUCUCCGCCAUGUCACGAUCCACGAUCCGACAGCGCAUCAGCUGUCUCAGUCAAGAGCCAUUUCUGUUCCCAGGCACUAUCCGGCAGAAUGUCGACCCACUGAAUAUACUUGAGAGCCAGGACAUUAUCAAUGCGCUGCGGUGUGUUGGCGUCUGGAAUGCUCUCGUUGCCCACCAUGGUGGCAAUGAUGAGAGGAUGCUAGAUAGCAAAUUCAACGAGGAGAUCUUAUCCAAUGGGCAGAAGCAGUUGUUUUGUCUAGCGCGGGCGCUGUUGAAGAAGAGUAAAAUCCUACUGCUUGAUGAGCCAACUAGCAGUCUGGACAGCAAAACCGAUGCCAGAGUACAAAAGGUCAUACGAGAGUCAUUCGCAGACUGUACCGUGAUUAUGGUGGCCCACCGGAUUCAUACCUUGUUGGACUUCGACCGGGUCGCUGUCCUAGAUAGUGGUCGAAUUAUCGAAACAGGCCAUCCGCGCGAGUUGCUGGAUAAGCCGGAUGGAGCGUUUGCGAAGCUGUUAGAACUGGAGGCGUGA